UUACUAUUGGAGGUCAAAAAAAAAAAAAAGGAAAAAAAUAAAAAUAAAAAAAUAAAAAUCUCGCGGAAAUAUUUGCGAAGCAUUUAACUGCCGAAACCUAACAGAAACGUUCUUUUGGACGAAAACUGAAAGCGUAGUCGCCCCCCAAAUACGAUAUCCCCCUCUUAAACCCUAAACUCUGCCUCCUUCUCUUUCCAUUUCGCCUGAAUCAUCCUCAUCAAUUCUCUAACAUGGGUAAAAAAAUCAAGGAUCUCACGAGUUCAGGCGGUGAGGAAGAUCGAAAAAUCAAGCGAAAGAGAAAGCUUGAAGGAGAAGAAGACGCUCAAAUUAAUGGCGAAGUGAUAGAAACCCCAGAAAUUUCAGCUUCUAAAAAGUCUGAAAAGAAGAAGAAAAAGAAGGAGAAGAAAAAUGGGAAGGAAGAGGAAAAUACCCAGUUGGAAAACGGGUCCGAAUUGAGUGAAGGGAUUAAUGGGGAAAGUGGGAAGAAGAAGAAGAAGAAAGAGGAGAAGAGAGAUGGUGAAGUGGGUGAAGAAGAGAGGAAGAGCUAUGGUGGUGUGGUGGUUUCUGGGAAGAAUUCGGGUGAUUCGAAGUAUGCACCUUUGAGUUCAUUUGCUGAUUCAAAGCUUCCUGAUAAUGUGCUUGAAUGCUGCAAAGGUUUUGCUAAACCUUCUCCAAUUCAAGCUCAUGCUUGGCCUUUCCUUUUGGAUAACCGCGAUUUUAUUGGGAUUGCUCAAACUGGGUCAGGUAAGACCUUGGCAUUUGGAAUUCCAGCAAUUAUGCAUGUUCUGGGCAAAAGAAAAGAUGAGAAGUCUAGAAGGGUGAACCCACUUUGCCUUUUUUUGUCACCUACAAGAGAGCUUGCACAACAAAUUGCGGAUGUCCUUUGCGAUGCUGGGAAGUCUUGUGGCAUAAAAACUGCUUGCUUUUAUGGAGGAACCUCAAAAGGACCUCAAUUAUCUGCUCUGAAGUCUGGUAUUGACAUAGCCAUUGGGACUCCAGGGCGUUUGAAGGAUUUGAUUGAAAUGGGUGCAUGCCGUCUGCAAGAUGUAUCAUUUGUGGUUUUGGAUGAAGCGGAUCGUAUGCUUGACAUGGGGUUUGAACAAGAUGUCCGUUCUAUAUUGAGCAAAACAAACUCUGCUCGGCAAAUGGUGAUGUUUAGUGCUACUUGGCCUAUGGAGGUUCAUCAACUGGCCCAGGAAUUUAUGGAUCCAAACCCUAUAAAGGUAGUGGUCGGCUCAGAAGAUUUGGCUGCCAAUCACGACGUCAUGCAGAUAGUAGAGGUCUUGGAAGAGAAUACACGGGAUAGACGCCUUGUGUCUCUGCUCGACAAAUACCAUGAGUCUCAGAAGAAUAGAGUUAUAGUGUUUGUCCUGUAUCAGAAGGAAGGAGACCGAGUAGAGAGGAUGCUGCAAGGAAGGGGCUGGAAUGUUGUUGCUAUACAUGCUGGUAAACCACAAUCUACACGGACAAAAUCACUGGCCUUGUUCAAGAGUGGAACUUGUCCAUUAUUGAUAGCAACUGAUGUGGCUGCGCGAGGUUUGGAUAUUCCAGAUGUUGAAGUAGUUAUCAACUACAGUUUUCCGCUCACUACAGAAGACUAUGUCCACAGGAUAGGGAGAACCGGACGAGCUGGUAAAAAGGGUGUUGCUCACACAUUUUUUACCAAAGAGAACAAGGGUCUCGCUGGGGAGCUGGUGAAUGUUCUCCGAGAAGCUAACCAGCAUAUACCUCCCGAUCUUGUAAAAUUUGGUACCCAUGUAAAGAAAAAGGAGUCCAAGCUCUAUGGUGCUCAUUUCAGAGAGAUCACAGCUGAUGCUCCCAAAGCUACAAAGAUAACAUUUGCUGACUCUGAUGAUGAAUGAUUUUGAAGGUAACCCAUAUUGUUAAUCUGGGUGUGUGUCUCAGUGAAUGUGAGAUUAUGAAAUUGAUAAUAAGGAUCUUGAUUAAAGCUCAGUAUUGAGCUUUGGCAGUGCUAUUUGAUCCUUAAGUCAUAUUGUAAAUGUCGUCCUACUGAAGCUCUUGGUUGAAGCUCCAUGGCACUUCUCCUCACCAUGCCAUUUGCAUGAAACUCGAAGAUAUUCUCUGGAAGUAGUCAGAAGAGAUAUGUACACUUGAAGUUUUGAAGGCGCAUAUUUAGUUGGGUACUAGGGGGUUACUAAAAUUAUGUCUAGUUUUAUGCAUUUUGGUAGAAUUAAAUUAGGAUAUUAUAUAUAUUCUUCUACCUUGUUUCAUAUUAAAGUCCCAGUUUUGUGUUUCCUUUGCUAUAACAAGAUGGGUGGAUAAUCAGAUUUAUUUAAAGUGAAAUUCUGGCGGAUGAUGUCUACUUCAUGCACGAGAGAAUUUGGUUUAAUUCACGGACAUACGUUGUAUUUAUUGAAAAAUACUAAAUAUUUAGCUAAUGCUCAGUAUUUACCCCAAUGUUACGUGUA